GAGCAACACAUCCAGGUUUCCAAGGUGAUCAGCCACCCCGCCUACAACUACGGGACCGUCGACAACGACAUCAUGUUGGUCAAGCUGUCGAGACCGGUCCAAUUCAGCCAGUCCGCUCGCCCAGUCCCACUGUCCAGCUCCUGCCCCUCCGCGGGGCUCCAGUGCCUGGUGUCCGGAUGGGGGAAUCUCCUCAACAAUGGAGGAGUACAGUAUCCUGCUCACCUGCAGUGCCUUGAUGUCCCGAUAUUGUCUGAAACCACCUGUAACAAUGCCUACCCAGGCAUGAUCUCCAGAAACAUGGUCUGUGCUGGUUUCUUGCAGGGUGGGAAAGACAGCUGUCAGGGUGACUCCGGGGGUCCGUUGGUGUGCGAUGGGAAGUUGGAAGGAAUUGUGUCCUGGGGAUUAGGUUGUGCGGAGCCUAAUUUCCCUGGAGUCUACACUAAAGUCUGCAACUACCUUCCCUGGAUCCGAGAAACGAGGAGGAAGAAUUAG